GGCGGGCCAGGCCCUGCGGGAAGGCGGUGCCCGCUACAGCCCAGCGCUGCCGGGGCUGCCGGGCCCCGGGACCGCCUCAGCGGAGCCGGGCCGGGCCGCCGGCAGGGCGGGGCCGGUGGGAUAGUGCAAACGCCCCUUGAGACACAAGAACCUCUCCAGACGGCCAGGAGGUCUUAGCAUCUUUUAGUGUCUUAGGAGGCACAUUAUCUCGCAUCUCCCAGCCAUCAAUGUUCUACUUUAAAAGUCAUGGAGCUGGGAAAGGCGAAGCUCCUGCGCACUGGCCUCAACGCCUUGCACCAGGCCAUUCACCCCGUGCACGGGCUGGCCUGGACGGACGGCAAGCAGGUGAUCCUGACUGCGCUGCACCUGCAGAACGGGGAGCCCAAAUUCGGUGACUCGAGCGUGGUCGGUCAGUUUGAGCACGUGCAUGGGCUGUACUGGGGCCCGUGUCCCGCCGAGGCCCCGGCCCUGCUCGCGGUGCAGCACAAAAAGCACAUCACCAUCUGGCAGCUGUGCUUCAGCGGCACCGACAGGAACAAGCUCCUGGUUUCCCAGAUCUGUGACAUCAGCGAGCCGUAUCCCGUGCUCCCCCAGGGCUGCGUGUGGCAUCCCAGCAAGGAGGUCUUGGCCGUGCUGACCACCCGGGACGCCUCUGUCUUGCCUUCUGUCCACCUCAACAACUCCAGAAUUAACGCGGACAUCAAGGGCAGUGGGCUCAUCCACUGCGCCUGUUGGACCAAGGAAGGCAACCGCUUGGUCGUGGGGGUGGGCAGUGCCCUCCAUUCUUACAUUUGGGAUGAUGCUCAGAAAACACUCAGCGCUUGCUCUUUUUGCCCAAUCUUUGAUGUGGGAGGCUACAUCUGUGCCGUGGAAGCUACACAGAAUUUACAAGUCGCUGUUGCCACCGAGCUCCCUCUGGACAAGAUCUGUGGCUUAAAUGCUGGUGUUGCCUUUGAAGUUCCAUCGAGCAUUGAAACUGAAUCCUUCCCCUCACAGUCCAGCUUGUGUGGGGAGGAAGAGUAUUCCUUGGAUGGAGGGAAGAAGUCACUGGACUCUGAGAAGCCCUUGUCUGUAGUUACAUCUCCUGUGGAUCUAACCCACAUACUUUCUAACAAGCAGGGUGCUGAUUCCAGCCCUCUCCUUCACCUGAGGCCCAAGGACUACCUGACGGGAAGUGGCCAAGAUUCCUCACACCUCAUCUUGGUGACUUUUGAAAGAAAGGUUACCUCUACCAAAAAAGUGAGCAUCCCAGGCAUUCUUGUUCCUGAUAUAAUGGCUUUUGACUCCAAAAAUCAAACUGUAUCUGUUGCCUCCAAUACUUGUAAUGUUAUUUUAGUCUAUUCACUGACUUCAUCCAAUUUACCCAAUAUCCAACAAAUUCAGCUGGAGAAAAGUGAGAAGCCAAAGGGUUUGUGCUUCUUGACCAAUAAAUUGUUACUGAUACUAGUUGGAAGACAAAAAUUCACUGACCCUGCAUUUCUUCCUUCUUCAAGAUCAGACAAAUACAUGAUCCGAUUGAUGAUUAAAGAAUUGCUAAUUGAAAUGGGUCCUUCAAAGUCUGUGUCAGCUGAUGGCAGCUCCAGUUUGAACCUUUCCAACAUUACUCAUGAUCCCUCUAGAGAUGUCCACCCUCUCAGCCACGGGCUUCUGAUACCAGAUCGCUCUGCCCUUCAGUCCCCUACAAGCCGAAGGAAACUCAUUGAAGAAAUCAAGAGUCCUGUUUAUGAAAAAAACUUGAUGUUGAACAUCAGUGACUUCAAAGACAAAAAGAUUUCCAUGAGUUUUCCUCCAGCUGUCGAGACUCUGGAUGCUGAGCCAGUUAAUCGGAGCUUGGCACUGUCUAAUGCUUCGAACAAGCCAACGUCCCCAAAAAGGCAGCCUGAGGCAGCUUCCAAAAUACCCAAUUCUUUCAAGAAUAACUUGUUCAGUGAGAAGGAGGCGAGUAGCUUCUUGAAAAAUGUGGAAAAAUUGUCCGGUAACUUCACAGAAUUGCAGCACCAUCUUUCUGAAUUAACAGAGCUACUAAAAUCUGGGAAGAGAAAUCUUCCAGUGUACCCAUCUUCUCAGGAACCCUCAUUUAUUAACAUCACCUGCCAGAAGCAGCUUUCCAAAAGUGACGCAGAUGAAAGUCGGGCAGUUCUUCUCUGUGGUGGUAGACUCCGCCUAAACAUCGUCCAGCAGAUAUUCAACCUUUCCCUUGUGGAAAUGCAGCACGGUUCCUCUUGGAUUGUUCUCACAGCAGACAGCGAGGGCUUCAUCCCGUUGAAGUUUACAUCCACACAGGAGAUUCUCAUCAGAGAUGCCACUGCAAAAGGCUACAGUGCCCGCUCCUCCAAAACUCUGGACAUCAUCAGUUCCACACAGGGGUGUAGAUCCACUUCUGAAAGCCUGGAUAUCACCAGUUCUGUGGAAGUCCUGAGGGACUGCUCCUCCAAGACCUUGGACGGCAUCAGCCCUUCAGAAGAGCCCAGCAAUAAAAUGUAGUUUUUGACAGUGGUUUUGCAAUGCCUGUCUGGUGAUGGGAGGCUUUUAUGUUUACUGUAUGGAACUGCAAAUUAUCAACAACAGUCUCAAAUCUCUGUACAAUUUCUAUAGUUUUUUUGUUGCAUUGUAAAUUAUUUAUUUGAUCCUUGGAAACAUUAACUUUUUUUUAUACUGAGCAGUGUUUUUUAACUAUGCCUCUUGCAGUACAAAUGAGGUUGAAUAUGUGCAUUCUUAAAAGUUUCUGAGCUCACGUUUCCAUCUUGGUCUUUAAUACAUUGGUGUUUUUAGAUAAUAGUAAACUUGGAUAAUAAAGAAAUCUUUGAAAAUUCUGCAUUGCCCCGUUUUCCUCUCUUCUGCUGAAGCCUGAAAUAUUACACUGGUGCUAUUUAGGAGCAGUGCCUGCAGAAGUGCACCUGGGUUUGCACUGGUGUAAGCACCUGUGUAAGGUCAUGGAGUUUGGGACAAAGUAGGAUGACAUGAAAUAUCCAUAUUGUGUGGAAGCAAGAUCCUUUUCCCCUCCUGUACGUGCCCAUAACACCUCUCUGCUUCCAUCUCUGUGGAUUUGGGGAAGUGGUUGCCACGUGUCUCAUCUUUUGUGAUGAAAACAUCUAGUUAAAGUCUGACAGAAGAAAAUGUUCUAUGGGCUUUUGUAGUGAGAGAGAGAGAAAAUGCAAAGUGGAAAUUUAGAAAAAGUUUAUGUAAGCCCAAGUUUAUGUAACAUGGAUUUCAGUACUGAAGAAAAGACUAAUCCAAGAUUGCUCCCCAUAAAAUCACAGCAUGAUAACAUUAAGCAGUUUAUCAGGCUUUCACAGUGGCACUUACUGUAUGAGAAGGCAUCAAGCAACUAGAUUAUAGAAUUGAAGCUGCUGUCUCAGGACUGAGAUAAUCUCUUUUUUUUUUUUUUUUUUAUUGCCUAUUUGGAAAUUUAGCCACUGUCGAAAGAAAUCUAUCCACAAAAACACAAUAUUAAAGAUACAACACUAGUAUAAGCUUCAGAGAGCACUCAGUGCUGGGUGGUGAAAUGAGAAGUUACAGCUUCUGAUGAACAGGGGAGGAGGAAAACAGGUGAAUUUGACAGUUGUGGGCUCAAUCUUUUACCUAACAAUCAUCUCUUCUCAGUAAUGCUCACUGUUUAAUCAGAAGGAGGACCAUGAUUACACCUGUCCCUAACAGAAAGUCACUGAAACCUCAGCAGUGGGUGUGGGUUCAAAGCAGGCUGGAUUCUGGAGAUGGUCCAUGUUUCCUCACAGCAGCCUGACAGUCCUUUUUCAUGCCUGUUCCUGGUUCCAACAUCCAAAUAACCCAUGGGAGCAGAAGGUCAGAGCUCUGCAGAACACCUUGACCUUGAGUUUCUCAUAUCUCAAAUGCUGCUUCUGUAGUUUUGUUAUGCAGCCAAACAGUGUAUAAAAAUUAGCUGCUUAUUUUGGAAUUGUUACUAUUUGUGUUAAAUUGAAAAAAGAUAGUAUCUCCCACCUGAAGUGUGCUUGGUCUCAGGUUGCACCAAACAGACUUGUGGAGCUCUUACAGCUCCCCAGGUGAGCACUAAGGACUUACCUGUGCAGGUAGGUUAUAGCACAGGGCAGUGCUGUGUGGGGUAACUGGAGCAGACACAGCAAGUGCAGAACACCUGCUAAAAGCUGUUAAUAGUUUGGUCAGAUUACAAUGGUUCUUCAUAGAAGAACGUUCCAUGUGCUCUGUGUAUGUGGACAAAUACUGCAUUUAAAAUAUAAUCCUAGGAAUUUUGGAAGAAUAAAAUUCUUAUGUUAAGAGACUUGCUUACUUCAUGGAAUCACGGAAUAAUGUGGGUUGGAAGGGACCUUAAGGAUCAUCUAGUUCCAACCCCUGCUGUGGGCAAGGGCACCUUUUACUAGACCAGGUUGCUCCAGUCCCAUCCAGCCUGGCUUUGAACUCUUCCAGGGAUCCACAGUUUGUAGGAGCAAUUUGUGCCAGUGAGUCACCACCCUCACAGAAAAUUCCUUCCCACAGCAUAAGGUAUACCUGUUCUCUUUCAGUUUAAAGCCAUUCCCCCUUGUCUAUUACCACGGUCUCUUGUAAAAAAUUCCUCCCCAGCUCUCUUGUAGGCACUAGAAGGGGCUCUAAGGCCUCUCCUGAUUCUUCUCCAGACUGAACAACCCCAAUUAUCUCAGCCUGUCUCCUCAGCAGAGCUGCUCUGGCCCUCGGAGCAUUUUCAGGGCCUCCCCUGGACUCACUCCAACAGGUCUGUGUCCUUCACAUAUCGGGGGCCCGAGAGCUGGACACAGGACUCCAGGUGGCAUCUCACAGGACUCAUCUCUCACCUUCUGCCCACACUGCUUUUGAUGAAGCACAGGACACAUUUGGCACACUGAUGCACAAUGAAAACACAUUGAUGCACAUUUGGCUUUCUGGGCUCUGAGAACACAUUGCCAGCUUAUGUUGAGCUUAUGUUUUCAGCCAACACACCCAAGUAUUUCCAUUCAAGGCUGCUUGAUUUAAAAUCAAAACACCAUUUCUAAAUUUAUGGGACGAUCUGCCCCAAAGCUGAAUGUUAAAAGAAGACCCAAAUAGUUGAAAAAGUACCAAGCCUAAUCCAAGAAUCCUUAAGAGAAGACUGCAGGGUUUUAAGGAACCUUCUUCUCUUACAGCUUUUCUUUCAUGCCUGGAAGUCCCUUUGGGAAUUCUGGAGUUGCCCAUUCUCUCUGCUUGGCCAGCUCAGCACAGCUGAGACUUUGCCAGGAGUCUGAGGUGGCUGCAGUUUUGCUUCAUCCCACACUGAUGUCAGCAGAUACUUCUGUGCACUGAGACUCAUGAUCCAACAGGGCCAGCAACUGCGGGAAUUGUUAAACCUGCUAAAUGUGGAAAUGUGCAGAUUCUAUUCCAUGACUUUGAAGGUGACCAAAGAAUGAGUUUAUUUUGGAAACACAAGGGAAGUUAAGUCCUCAUGGGCUGCAGCCAGUUUGAACAGAAACUUCUUGGCCAAUGUAAACAAAUGUACAAUUGUACAAUGCCAAUGUAAACCUGUUACAUCAUCAUGGUGACAAGCCCUAGGCAGGGAAAAACAUCCUCUAGGUAAAACAGAUUAAAUUCCAUUAUGGAAAAUUCUAGGGUGCAAAGGAGAUUCUUUUGAUCCUUUGCUGAAUAUAGAUGAUUCCCUGUACAUCAGCAAAACCAGGCUGGCAGGGGAUGGGUUUUGGGUCUCCAAAGCGGAGCUUUAUCAGUGAAGCUGAGCAAACGACCAUCAUCAGCUCCAUGAGACCUGAGCAAACCUUCCUCACCAUCUACAGCAGAGCACGGCAAAAGUGAGGACAGACAUCUGAACGUUGUAGCUUAAAUUCAUAGCCUCAUCUAAGAUCAUCUGGAGUAAGAAAUAGAUCAGGAAAUAAGAUUUAUUUCUGCUUACACACUUCUACAGCAAAGGCACACAUUUCCCUACCAUCCAGCAGUUCUGCUGCUCUCCAGAUGGGGUUGGAGGCUGCUGCUCUGUAAUGUCUCUAAAGUGAUACUGAGGACCCAACCCCUCUGAAAAGUGCCCUGUCUUUGUUCAGCUAUGUCAUUCCAGUUUGUGACUUCAGAGACUGUAAAUUCUCAGGUGCUACAUAGCAAAAAGUUUCCUCCUCUGCCUCGGGAACAGACAGAUGCUGCUGCUUCAUCUUUUGAAUGAAGCUUCUCAGUAAGUUAACAUCUGGAUUGUGCAGCAGGUUUGGUGUUUGUGAAGCAAAAGCAGUCUGAUUUCAUACUUUAAGCCUUCAGGAUAUACAUGUUCUUGUAACCAUAAUACUCAGCACUCUUGCUGAGUAUCUGAACUGUGGAAUUGCAGAAAGUUAAAAAAAAACUUACAGUGAAAUUGCACAAAAACAAAAUUCCCUCCUGCACCCACCCAUUGUAUGAGUCCAACUGAGCUUCUUAUCAGUCCAUAAGAUUUCUUAGGGAAAAGGCUUUAUAACACUUUGAGAUUGUUUUUACAUAAGUAUGAUAUGAAACUCAUAUGAUGUAUAUAAUUUACCACUAAACUGCUGUAAUCUAUUGGAUGGGACUUUGAGCUAACUUGCCCUUUCUUCUUCAUCUUACAGCUGGACAACAGAUACCAGGUCUGAAAGGAUCUGAGUUUUCCUGGUGGAAACUCCUCCACUCAAGGAGACUGAUUUAAUUCUGUGUUUUCUGUCCACAGCACAGAAAGGCAAGCAGAGAAGUAAAUGAACAAGUGAUACUUGGAAACAAACUGAACUCAAAAGCAGUUUAAAACAUUUUCCUCUUCAACUACUUUGCUUGGAAUGCUGAAGGUGAAUAAAGAUGAGAGGAUACAGCAGGGAUUGAAUCAAGCAGAAAUUCUUACAAGGUUCAGGAGUAAUUUAAGGAAUUAGUACUCAGAUCUUCAGAGCCCUUCCUGAAAACCCAGUGACCUGACACAGAAGGUCCCAGCCUUCAGGGACUCCCCAGGGACAGAUGUCUGAGGUGGUGUCCACCUGUUAAAGCGGGAGACUGGGCAGAAGGGAUCUAAUCCAGCUAAGCCAAGGUCAGUCAGCAAGCUCAGGGGCAGGCAGGGGACAGUGAGGCAGGAGGGGAACACAAAGGCACAGCUGGUGGCUGACAGCAACCCCCUCCAUCAGUGCCUGGUGGGAGCAGCAGCUCACAUAUGGGGCUACCUGAUCACCAGCAGGAACUCUCAGGGAGCUGGGGUAACCUUGGAAGGUAUCAGCAUUGUUGUGAGGCAGGAAAAGCAAUGAAACUGGAAGAGAAGACUGGGUUGAUGGUUAGACUUGAUAAUCUUAAAGGUCUUUUCCAACUGUAGUGAUUCUAUGAUUCUGUGACUGGUGACCAGUCAGCUACUGACUGCCAGUAACCAGCCCAGCAUGGAAGAUUUGGGCUGCCCUCAGUACCCUUCAGCAAGGACAAGGAAUUGGAUGUGGUUUGGCUUACAGAGCAAUACCCAGCGACACAUAACUCUGUCAUCCUUCUCUUUUCUCCCCAUAUUUGUUGGAAUUGCCUGUGUGCAGGUGGGGAAGUGCUGCCCCUUAUCAACCAGCUGGGUUAAUUCAAUCUCCCAUAUUCUUAUUACUGUAUUUGGAUAUUACCUGAAGGAGAACCCCUGGGAAUUAAACCUGGCUCCUUCUACUGCCAAUCAAUGGGAAGGCAAGAGGUUACAUUAGAUUAGCAUUUAAUCUGAAUGCUUGUCAACAUAAGAAUUUGCUUCUUUCAGUUACAUGUUCUGAACAUUCAUAAGGCAUACACAUCAUUUAAAACUGACAAGAGACAUAUAAACUUCUUUCAUUUUACUGCACCAACAUUGAGCCCUAAGAAAAGAAAGUUACAGAAAUAAUCUUACACUGCACUUAAUUCUCCAUUCUUUUGAUUUGCAAAAAUACACCCAUUUUCUCAACAAAAUUACAACAUUAUAUUUCUGAUAAUGAAAUAAAAUUAUGAUAUUUUCAAAAUAUAAAAAUAGUCUGCUUCAUUUAAUCUACAGAAGCUUUAUCUUUUCUUUGGUAGUUCCCAUUGCUGGUACCAUAUGCAAAGUGAGGACUGUAAGAUAAGUAAGAUUCAGUAAGAUAGAGCUGACAAUGUCUCUCUGGAGAAGAAGAAAACAGUUUACAAUCAAACAAGUUUACUUUCCAAGAGUCUGAAUUCAGACAGCGUGUUAUGCAACUUUAGAGGCAACUGCACAACUGAUCUAGAAGUAAUAUCUUAAGCCACAUUCAAAUGGCUCCACUCAACCCCAGCCAGCAGUUUCUGCAGCCCUUUUAUCACUGGGCUAAGUAUUCAGUUUAUAUAAACUGACAUGGAAUCACUGCCUUGUAGCUACAGAUUUAUAGUAGCUGAAAACACAACCCAUUAAAAAACAUUAACAGCCUUUACUGGGCCUUCUGGUUGUUUUUAAAGAUGACUAUUCAGAAAUACACAAAUGUUACAGAAUAAAUCGAAUGCCCCAAACUGUUCUCUCUGAUGUUUUGGAGCUAUGUGAUAUUGCUACAAAACCUACCUACUUCAAAGUGCAGUAAAUCUCCUAUUUCAAAUUCCAUCAGACUCAAAAUUGUAAACAGGCUUAUGGUUUUUAUUGUUGUAAACACAUAUGCCCCAGGCAUACAUAUCUUGGUUUGUCCAAAAACUGAAACAAGGAACAAAACAAAAAAACCCAGCCUUAGAUGGCAAGUCAGCAGGAAUCUUAAAUGCAGUUAACUCUUACCCACACAGGCUCAAAAUAUAUCCUUAGAAGCUCCCUCAUGAUUAAGCAUUUUGAGGAAUUAGGACAGUUAUAUGGCCUUUGACUUCAAACUUGCCUGACAAGGUUUCAGUAUCAGACUUAAUGAGAUGCUCCGUGGUUGCACUGAUUUUACGUGCCAGUGUCCUUCAGCAAAACCUUUCCCAAUUUCCAGUCCCAGCACUUCCCAGGUAGCCCUGAGCAAAUUACAGGUGUGCACUUCCUCCAGGUGCUCUGGAACAGCAGCAAGCCCGUCCUCCAAAGGCACUCCUGGUACAGCAAAAAGGCACUCACAGAGUCACGGGGUGAAGGCAGUGGGAAGAAAUUCACAUCUUGUCUUGCAUUGUGCUGAUUUCUUCAAGGUGAACAAACCUCUUGGAUUCCUCACUCUCCCUUCCACAUUUAGAUACACCUUCAAAGUCCAGUCAUUUUAGCUUAAGCUUGGAUCCAGUCUCUGGAGGUCUCUGUAGCUGCACUGACCAACCAGAAGCUAGG